AUGGCUUUUGUGGCGGCGCUGAUAGUGGUGGUGUUGGGUGUAGCUCUCGCUGCACCCUCCGACCCCUACAGUAUUCAACCUGUCCAUAGUUCUGGAUACAAGACGGGGAUGCCGCACGACUUCCAGUACAAUGUUAGGGACGACUACUCCGGCACUAACUUCGGCCACAGUGAGAACUCCGAUGGCAACACUGUCCGUGGCUCCUACAAUGUCGAUCUUCCCGAUGGACGCAAACAGACGGUGAAUUACGAGGCUGACCACAACAAGGGUUUCACAGCUGAUGUUCAGUACACCGGAGAGGCUCACCAUCCCCAUAAUUACAGACCUCCUGUCUACUACAAGCAACAACCUUCAUACCACCACUAGUCCUCAAACAACCAUGCACAUACCAGCAAUAAACAUCUUACCCACUGGAAUCCACUUAUGAAUGUUGUUGUUCAUUUGUUAUGUUUUGAAAAGAAUUGAUACUCACUGUUAUAUUGUUAGAAUGAAUAAACUCUUGCAAGUUUAAUAUUUCUCUCUAUAUGUUCAAAGGAAUUUACCAAUUUAACAAAAUUCAGUAACGGAAAAUGUGAAUAUGUCUUCGUAGUAUUGACGCUUCAUAUCUUAAAUUAGAAUGACAAUUGCUAAUUUGAGCUCGGAUUAUUUCCAGAAACAAUUGACUGAUAAAGGGUUUU